AUGUCUUCCUCUUCACCCCCACCCUCAGAAUACCGCUCAGAUUUCUUUACCAAGAAAUGGACAAUUACCAUCCCAUCGUACCCAACGGUCAAAUUCUUCCGCGCAACACCAUCUCACUUUGAUGUCUGGCUCCCCAUUGCGACAAGCGCCGAUAACAACAAAUUGCAAGACAGCAAAGACCAAGUCUGGGAUGAGGAUGCUAUCUCGAAAUGGAAAGCCAACAUGUAUGAUCAAUACGACAAGUCUAAUACGGACUUUCAUUGCCUCAAGAUCCUCGUUGAAGUUGAUGGGAAGGUUGUGGGGUUUGGGGAUAUUUAUGUGAUUAAGCCAGGAGUAGCGAACAUCGGCGUGGUGCUGAAUAAGGAGGUGAGGGGCAAGGGAUUGGGAAAAUUAACGGCUAGUGUUUUGACUCAGUUAACUCUUAAUUUUGGCCUACAAGCUGUCGCUGGGACAAUGAGGGAUAAUGAACCAAUGCGCUCGACAUUGAGGAAUCUAGGGUUUGUGGAAGAGGAGAAAAUCAUCGAAAUCGAAGGUCGUGGAAUAGUGGCAGAAUUUUCUUAUUCGCUUUUGCAAGAAGGAUGGAAGGAUAUUGCGUUGAGUGUGGAGUUUGAAGAGUGA